CUCGUAUUCUGCACAACACCCCUCACCUUGGCAUACUUCUUUGUUCAGAGCUCCAUCGUCUUCAGAAACACCACGAUGGCACAAGGAACAGUCUCUCCCAUCCCAGCCAGCGCUGAAUACUACGACCUGGGUUCGUUUGGCCACACCAUCACCACCACCAGUCCUGACACCCAGACGUGGUUCAACCGGGGCCUGACAUGGGUGUACGCGUUCAACCACGUGGAAGGAGCCUACUGCUUCGAACAGGCAAUUGCAAACGAUCCGUCAUGCGCAAUGGCAUACUGGGGCCUCGCCUAUGCGGUAGGUCCCAAUUACAACAAGCCAUGGGAGAAGUUCGAUCAGAGAGACCUGCAUUCCUGCGUGCAACGAGGCUAUGAUGCCGCGCAAAAGGCAAAGGAGCAUGCAGCCAAUGCUAGUCCUCUUGAACGAGCUCUCAUCGAGGCAAUCCAAUCCAGAUUUCUGACCAGCCACCCUGCGGAUGACUACCCCGCCCUCAAUAAAACCUACGCUGGCGCCAUGAAGCCGGUCUACGAGGCAUUUGGUCAUGACCUGGAUGUUGCCACCCUUUAUGCUGAUUCCUUGAUGAAUAUGACACCAUGGGCUCUGUGGGAUCUCUUCACUGGCAAGCCGAACCCCAACGCCGCCACCAUGGAGGUGAAAGCCGUACUGGAACGAGCGCUCGCGCAGGAGCAGGACGGUUCAACCAAACACCCCGGUCUGCUCCAUCUAUACAUCCAUUUCAUCGAGAUGUCCCCUACCCCCGAGCUAGGCAUUAACCCAGCCGAUCACUUGCGCAACCUUGUCCCUGAUGCCGGUCACGUUCACCAUAUGCCCACUCACUUGGAUAUUCUCAUUGGUGAUUGGCGGCGGUCUAUUGUCUCCAACUACAAUUCGACCAUUGCAGAUGACAAGUACUUUCGCAAAUCGGGAGCCAAAAACUUUUAUACCUUCUACCGCAUGCAUAACUAUCACUCCCUAGUCUACGCCGCCAUGUUUGCCGGUCAAUCCAAGACUGCUCUCGAGGCUGUCACUCGUAUGGAAGCAACCGUGCCCGAGGAGGUCCUGCGGAUCCAGUCUCCACCCAUGGCCGACUGGCUGGAGCAGUUCAUGCCUAUUCGUCUGCAUGUCAUGGUGCGCUUCGGCAUGUGGGAGGAACUCAAACGCAAGGAGCUGCCCCACGAUCAGACGCUAUAUGCAGCUACCACCGCAGUUGCGCACUAUGCCCGAGGCGUUGCCUUUGCCGCAACUGGGGACGUCCCCACUGCUAAGAAGGAACAGGACCUCUUCCACAAAGCGUGGGCUCGGGUUCCUGAGACUCGCCUGGCCUACAAUGGCAAAAUGGUCGACGUACUCCAGGUGGCCGCGGCCAUGUUAGAGGGUGAGAUUGAAUAUCGCUGCGCCAACUACGAUAAAGCCUUUGAGGCUCUCCGCCGUUCGAUCGAGAUCGAAGAUAAGUUGCCGUACAGUGAGCCUUGGUCGUGGAUGCAGCCAGCCCGUCAUGCAUACGCUGCCCUUCUGAUGGAACAGGGCCACCUUGAAGAAGCAGCACUCACCUACCGCGCCGACCUCGGUCUGGACAACACUCUUAUCCGUCCCCGCCGACACCCCAACAAUGUCUGGUCGCUGCAGGGAUACCAUGAGUGUCUGGUUCGCCUGGGGAGGCUGGAUGAAGCGGCUGUUAUCGAAGGGCCGGCUAAGUUGGCCCUUGCUGUGGCAGAUAUUCCGAUCAAGGCGUCAUGCUUCUGUCGCUUGGAUACUUCUCAAGCUCCGCAGGUCCUGGACGGGUGCUGUUCCAAGUGAACGAGCUGCUAGGAUUGCUGCGUUUAUCUGUUGGGCCUUGGACAAAAGCGUUCUGUUCGUCUGUGUCCUCUUCUUGUAUAGUAUGGCUUUGUUGCUUCUCUUUAUCAAGUUGACUAUUAUUGUCACUUGCGUUGAAUGCAAUUGGUUGAAUGGAUAAUCCUUUCUGG